UAUUUCAAUCUGUUAUUACUGUUAUUCAAAGUUUUAAAGUUCUGAGGCAUCUGGUAGUAAAAACGAUUCUGUUUCUGCUACCGAGCAAAUGAGCAAUUGGUAAAGUCAAAUCUGCUCCUCAACCACUCAACCUGACUCCCUCUCGUUCCGCCUGUUCCGAUCCUCUCCCUCCGCGGUCUCAACAUUAGUCAAUAGGGGAAAGCUGAAGCCCAGCCCUCAGUUGAUCCGAUCGGUUCCGGAUCUCGGGGAUCAACAUCACCUCAAAUGGCUGACGAUGGAGGACUCAAGAAGUACGGGGUCCCAAUUUACGGGGCUGCAUGGGUCCCGUCCGGGGUCAUCAUAUCAGCUCCUGAAUCAGAGCCAGAGGAAGAUGGAGACAGUAUGGUCCCUGCUGACAAGUUGUCUUCGCUCACUGCUGACAACUAUAUUGUCCUUGCUGGAGGGGGCGGCGAAGGGCGUAGCGGCGUCCCAAAUGCUAUCCUCCUUGUUCAAUUCGACUCUGGCUCCCAUGUUCUAUCCAACCAACCAGUAGCAAGGCUUGGAACUGGUACUGAAGUGCCUUACAGGAUGGCUGUUCACCCUGGAGGAGAAGGUCUUAUUUGUUCUUUACCCAAAAGUUGCAGGUGGUUUGAGUGGGAUGCAAGCAAUACCACAGAUGAUGGUGCUUUAGCUCUAAAAUCGUCUCAGAGAGUGCUUAAGAAUUUGGAAGACAUUGAGCUGCAACUAGCACUAACAUUUAACAAUGAGGGUUCCCUACUUGCUGUUGGCGGUGAGAACAGGAUGGCAAGCUUAAAGUUUUCAAAUGGCCAAGCAUGGAGAUUAUUAUUGAUGAGCCCAAGGAUAGUUCUUCUGUAAAAGAUUUAGAUUUCAGCCCUGAUGGAAAAUUUCUCGUAUCUCUGGAAAGUGGCUGUUGUAGAGUCUGGAGUGUCUCAGAAUUAACAUUGGUGGCUUCUUUGCCGAAGAAAAAUGACGAGAUGUUUGGAUUUUGUAGGUUCUCGCGAAGUAGUAAAAACCAGACCAUCUAUGUCACCGCAUCACAGGGCAAAGGAGGAAGUAUUGUGAUGUGGAACACCACUACAUGGAAGAGGAUGAACUCAAAGCUGGUUGUCUCUCUCCCGAUUUCAGCAUUUGAUGUUUCAGCUGAUGGGAAGCUCCUAGCAGUUGGGACCACUGAAGGCGAGGUUCGUGUCUUGAGUUCUGAAAAUAUGCGAGUGCUGAUGACGGUUAAGAAAGCACAUAUGGGUAUACCAACCAAAGUAACAUUCUCCGAUGAUUCAAGGGCUUUGCUAUCUGCCUCAAUGGAUUCAAGUGCAAGAGUGACACUUAUCAAGGACAAUAACAGUAAAAAUGGAGGGUUCAAUUUCUGGAUGAUACUUUUUGUCAUUUUAUUGGCGAUAGCUAUGUACUAUUCAACACAGGAAGGGAAGCUUUCAUGGCAGCACAAUUUCCCAUUCAAGUUCUAGAAUAAAGGUUUACUGCCGUCUCUAAUUUUGAUAAUUUUCCGCUAUUACCCUUUGUUAUAGAUAACAGUUGAGGUUGCCCUUCUUAGAAAUAGAAUAAUAAAGGGAUAAAGACCAAAAAUGACACUAAGGUUUUUAGCUAAUCUCGGAUUAGACAAUAACGUUUUAAGUAGACCAAAUAAACACAAAAUUAUAGUUUUUGGGUCCAUCUAUACCACCCUUUAACGCCUCCGUUACCCUUCCCGGUCGUUUACUCCCCAUCAUUCUAAAAGCCCUUGCCCACCCCAAUCCAAGACCCUGUCCCUCCUCAGCCCCAGAUCCAACCCCCGUCCUGCCCUUGCCAGCUCCCCAGCUCCAGAUCCGAGCAACCAACCCCCGAUCCGCACUCCCUAGCUCGAACUCCGACCAGCCAUCCCAGCCUCCCAAACCAGCCCCCACCUGAGCCCCAGCCUCCUCGCAACCCCCCUCUCAGCCUCAUAGCCCUCGUCACCAGCCAAGCUGCCAGCGAGAUGCUAUAGAUCAAACGGAGCACGGCCAGAUCUAGAUCUUUGCCAAAGACGUAGAGAUAAAACGACGGUAAGGCAGAGCGGCGGCUUUGACUGCAAGGCGGGGCGGCGGUUUCGACGGCAAGGCGCAGCGGCGACGAGGCAGAGCGUCUUCGAGGCAGGACGAUCGACCUCCAUUGUUGAUUUCUCUCCUUAAUCCCGAUCCUUGCCUUUGUGUGCUCCAAGGUAGCUUUAAUUGGAUGGGGGAGUUAACGGGGAAGGGGUGUUAACGGGGAAGGAGUUAAAACGUUAGUGUCUAAUUCGAGAUUCACUAAAAAUCUUAAUGUCAUUUUUUGUCUUUAUCCCGAUUAAUAAAUUACGCAGUUAAUAGUGUAAUGUACUCUGGAGUCUGGAGACCGUGCUGUGAUGUGCUUACAUUAUACAAGCAACAGUUACUAUCUUUUCCGUUUGGUGUCAAGAUUCAAGAAGGCUUUCCCAAAGAACAGAGACCAAGAGAAAAAAUCUCGUACUUCUUUAUAUGGUUUCACUAUAUCACUAGCUCCUCCUAAGUUUCAACUGCCAAUAUGGUUUUCACGGAGUAUAUAUGAACAAGAUGCCUGAAAACGAAGCUGUCACUUGAUCUAUUUAUAGCUUCAACAAAUAUGGUUACUUUUAUACGUUCUUGAUUAAUAUAUAUAUAUAUGGUAUGACUUCUCUAAUUCUGAUGAUACCUCUAUCCCUAGAGAAAGCCAAUGUUCCCAACUUUUGUGUGGUCAUAUGAAAACAAAACUAAAAUAUUUUGCGCUUAUUUUUCUCUUUUAAUUUAUUGGUUUUAAUUGUAGAUUUUCUGGAUAAGGAUCAUAUAGGGCCUCGAACUUGGAAAAAAAAUGUCAAAUAAGGCUAUAUUUAGGAUGCUCUGUCCGGCCGACGCCAUUUGGGGCUGUUCUCGGUGGAAUUUUUUGAUGAUUUUUUUUGAGAAUCUUAUUCAUUAAGUCUAGUUUACUCAUAUCAAUUAUCAAAUUUGAACUAAAACUUCAAUCGGGAAGACAUUCAAAUGAAUUCUUUAAGAUAACUGCUCUUUUAAUUGCGCAGUUAUCUUCAAGAAUUCAUUUGUAUGCCUUCCCGAUUGAAGUUUUAGUUCAAAUUUGAUAUGAGUAUACCAGACUUAAUGAAUAAGAUUCUCAAAAAAAUUCAUCAAAAAAUUCCAUCGGGAACCGCCCCAAAUGGCGUCGGCCAGACAAAGCAUCCUAAAUAUGGCCUUAUUUGACAUUUUUUUUCAAGUUUGAGGCCCUAUCUGACACUUAUCCCUAGAUUUUCCUUUAAUAGUUACGAGGCGUUUUGGAUUAUUGUUAUGAUUUUCUCUAUGAUGAUUUUCCAUGACAAAGCCAUUAACGUAAAAGCUCAAUAUUAUGCAUGCCUUCCUUGGAAAGAGACUUCUUUUUCUUUUAAGGACAAACACCUCUUUAAAAAUAUCACAAAAAACUUUUGAAAAAAUUAAUUCUACACCUAUAUAUUAUUAUUGCACAAAGUUCGAUUACCAUGCCUUCUUUGUAUCUCAUAUUUGUGAAUAUGAAGAAAGUGUAGAAUUUGAUAUAUUAAAAUGGGGGAAAGAGAGAAUUUAUAUUUCUUGCAUUCGCAACAAUGAAGAAACAAAUUCUAUACAUAUUGCAACAGUUGUAAUGAAACGAGGAUUUAGUGAUGCCAGAUUGCCAGUAAUGUUCUGAAGGAUUUAGUGCUUGUAAAAACUCAACUGGAUGCACAAUCAUUUGAAAAACUCAUUUAUUUCCACGAUUAGUUAAAACUAAAGUAUCAUACUAUCAUAUACAAGAAUAAAACUAAAGUUCUGAAAUAUCGAGUUUUUCUUAUCAAUAUAAAUGAUAUUGUAAAAAUAAUAAAAAUUAUGUUUAUUUGAUUUCUCUAUCACUAUAAAGAAAGAGAGUACACACCGCUCUUAUGAAAGUGGAAGCCAUUUUUUUAAAUUAAAGUAGGAAAAAAUGAAAAUAAUAAUCUCAACUAUUGCCGGUCCGCUAACAAUAAUCCUAAAUAUUGAUUAUUUUUGUAUAAUCUCAACUAUAUAGACUGUCCGUCAAUAAUGAUCCAUGACCGCAUAUUACAUACUCUAACAGGUGAAUUUUUAAUAGAAAUGAAGCAUAAAAAUUAAAAUUUGGGAUUAUUUAUAGGGAUUACAUGAUAUAUAUCUCUUUAGAAACUAUAGAAAUUUAUUUAUAGUCGGUCACGUCUGACCAUUAUUGGUGGAAGGUCCCUAUAAUUGGGAUUAUUUUGAAAUAAUCGAUAGUUGAGAUUAUCAUGAGCGGACCGUCUGUUGAAGACUAUUUUAUUGUGAAUCAAGUUUGUCUGUCUUGUCUGUAAUAAUUUAGAUGUUUACUAUUUCUGUUCUGCACUGACUAAAUAUAUCUGUUAGAAUAGUAUUCAAUAUGGGCCAAGUGUUAGGCCCAUACUUAGGCGAGAAGCCUUUUUACGCAUACCUGAGCCUCGCCUAUAAAAGAGGGCGGAGGACUCAGGUUUGAAGUUAACUUUCGUAUCUGCUCAAAAUAGCCUUAGCGCUUAUCAUUCUUGUACGAAAGGUUCACGGUAUAUCAGAGAAGGUUUACACUUGAUCUUUCUGUGUUCAUCUUUGUUGAUAAUCUUUCAUCUGUAUGCCAUAUUAUACUGUUGUUAUAGAAAACAGGGACUGACAAAUGGUAUCAGAGCCGAUCGAGAGCUGAUCAGAAGAACUAUUUGCGAAAGACUCUGUUUUUCCUUCCUUUUGUAGAAUAGCGAGUUUAUCAUCUGUAAUCUUAUUUCUGCACUAAAUGUUGUAAAAGUUAUACUGUUAGAAUCGCGUUUCAAAGCCGAUCAAGCAGUAUAUCUUCUUUUUUCGUUUCCGCAAUUUUUUGUUCUCUGUAAACUCGCACCCAAGAACUCGCAUCCCUCGUUUCUCUAAGCUCCGUGUAGCUUUUUGACCUGAAACUUGGGUGAAAGGAUCUCUACAACAAGGGCUACA